GUGUCGCUGCCAUGGCGGAUGCCGGCCGGCUGGAGCGGCUGGAGCGGCGGGUGCGGGAGCUGGAGGAGGAGCUGGCCCGGGAGCGGGCCGGGCGGCGGCCGGCGCGGGCCCGCAUCGACACCAUGAGCCCGGAGGUGACCGACUCCAACCCCUACAGUCGCUUGAUGGCAUUAAAAAGAAUGGGAAUUGUCAAAGACUACGAGAAAAUCCGUACCUUUACAGUUGCAAUAGUAGGUGUAGGUGGAGUUGGCAGUGUGACUGCUGAAAUGUUGACAAGGUGUGGCAUUGGUAAGGUAAUGAGAGUUUUUUUUUUUUUAUUCUACUUCUUUACAGUAAAUGGACCAGUCCUUUUUAUGAAGAGUUUGAUUUGAUUUCAUUCAGUUGAUUUGCCCAAAUAAAAAGACUGUUGUGAAGAAAGCACUUGUGUAAAUGUUGCACAUGAAGAGUCUGUACUUUUCUUACACUAGUAAAAUUGAAAUCCUGUAUCAUGUGGAUGAUCCUUGCUUGGAUUUUGGUCAUCUCCGUACUCCUGUAUGAGCCCAUCUAUCUAACCCUCAUACUGGAUUAUUGCAAAAGGAGAACAAAACAAAGGAAAAGGACGAGAUAGCUUGCAUAGAAGAUUAAGUCUUAUAACAAC